AUACCAGAAAUUUAUGCAACAGCUGGCUGGUAGUAAUAGAACACUUGAUCGCUUACUGUGUGCUAUCCAACAAUUGUAAAAUGGAUGGUAGAUUAUAAAGAACUUCUAAUGCCAAAAUGUCUGAAGCCUAAACGCCAUUGAUGGAAUAUCAAUUUAUUCCAAGUAGAUUUACCAUAUUUGUUGUUUGUUAUUACUUAUCAUGCCAAGACAAUAUAUGACCAAUUUACUAUAUCAAAAAUAGAUCAAGGUGCGAAUAAGAAAAAAUCAAUCAGAGCUAAAUCGAAUAUUACAAUUUUAAAUUGAUUUUCAGUUUUUUUUUUAUUUUUUUCCUCAUCUCUAAUUAUCAUACCAAGAAUAAUGUAUGACCAAUUUACUAUAUCAAAAACAGAUCAAGGUGCUAAACGAAGGUGUAUAUUUUAAAUUUUCCUUUUCCAAUGCAAGGGGGAAAUAGAAAAAAGCAUGCAUGGGCCGAAUUCAACCGAAAGGGUUCUGUUUAUGAAGCAUGCAUCGAAGGGUUCUGUUUUGUUAUAAAGGAUAACAGGCCUCCGACUUUAUAUGACCACCAAAUCUCCGGGAACAAAGGUCCUCCAUCAGAAAGCAAAGGGUACAGAGAGAGAAAGGGGAGAGGGGGAGACUGAGGUUUCCAAGGAGAGGAAGGGGAAGAAAGAAUCAGAGAGUUAUGACAGUUCAUCUUCAUCAAUUACCUCUGACGUAUCUCUGCUUUUCAAGUUGCUUGAUCAGCUUGUCAUUCUUAAAACGAUGGAGGCAACACAACAGUUAGUGUGUCAACCAGUGGACGCAUUUAACCCCUUGAUCACAACAAGCUUUCAGGUCUUCUGCAUUCUUGUGAUUUCUCAUAUUUUUCACCUUCUCUUGAAACCCUUGGGAGGACCUUUUGCACAACUUCUUGCUGGUGUUGUAGUAGGCCCGACAUUGUUGUCCCGUAUAAACAAAGUUAAAGAUUUCUUCAUUCAGGCUUCUUCCGCAAAGUACUACCAGUUUUUUUCAUUCAUUUGUCGAAUGCUUUUUAUGUUCUCCAUUGGCUUGGAAACUGAUAUUCCUUAUUUAAAGCGCAACAUUCGGGCUCUAAGUAUCGUUGCGGGAGGGGGAUCGAUCCUGGCCUGCAUAUUUGGUGGACCUCUCUUCUGGUUGCUUAGCAUGGUAUUCAGAGUCACUCAUGAGCGCUUUGCAUUUUACCUUCUGAUCUUGACAGUCUUAGCGAAUUCAGCCUCUCCUAUAGUCAUUCGGAUGAUUUCAGAAUCCAAGUUUGACACUGCUGAUUUAGGGCGAUUUGCACUGUAUUGUGCCUUGAUCAAUGAAAUGUCUUGCAUAGCAGUUUUUGGUGCGCUUAGAUCAUUCACCUCCUUUUCUAGAUUUGGAUGUGCAAUCCUUGUUACUCUUGUUACUGUCGCUCUCAUCAUUUUGAACAAGUAUCUAUCAUACUUUUUCAACAAAAGGAACCGGAAAAAUAGAUUCGUUUCAAACAGCGAAGUUUUUGUUAUUUUAUUUCUUCUUACAAGUCUCUCUUUGUUUGCGGAAUCGAUUGGCUACACAGCUAUAGCCAGUUGUUUCCUGCUUGGCCUGAUGUUCCCUCGGCAGGGCAAAACAGCUCGGACAUUGUUGCACAAACUCACUUACGCUGUCAAUACCUUCGUUCUUCCGGUCUACUUUGGCUACACAGGAUUCCAAUUUGAUCUAAGCACUGUUUUUGAUAAAUUGACUCUUGCUCUCACUGUCCUCAUAAUCUUGGUUAGUGCUGGAACUAAAAUUGUAGGCACCUUUGCAGCUUGUCAUUACCUAAAAAUCCCAUGGAAUGAGGCUCUGAUCCUUUCUUUCUUACUCAACUUGAAAGGCAACUUCGACCUUUUACUCAUUAAUUCAGCCCCAACACCCGAAAUGGUCUGGGCUACAGAUGUUCACAAUUUGCUUUUGUCAGUGGUAGUGCUUAACACAUUGAUCACAGGGCCGGUAGUUGCUAUUUUAUUGAACACAGAAGAGUCUUGUGCUCAUUAUCCUACCACACUUGAAAUACUCAAUCCGGAGAGUGAGCUCCGAAUGUUGGCUUGUGUAUAUAUCCCACGCCAUGUUUCAGGGCAUGUUAGCCUUAUCUCAGCAUUAGGUGGCUGUCUAAGUGCACCCAUCAAGCCAUACCUGGUGCAUCUGGUGGAGCUUCCAAAGAAAAGAAAAAGCAAAUUGAUGUACCAUCAACUGAAAGAUGGUGAUCAAUUCAGUGAUGAAGAGGAGUAUGGUGGAAAUGAUGUGCUAGAGAUCAAUGAUGCUGUUGACUCCUUCACUUCAGAGACCAAAAUUUUGAUCCAACAAAGUAAACUUGUGUCAUCUUUUCUAACCAUAAACGAAGAUCUCUGCAAUGGUGCCGAGGAUUUGCGUGUGUCUAUCAUAUUCCUGCCGUUUCACAAGCACCAAAGAAUUGAUGGGAAAAUGGAAAACAGCAUGGAGGAGAUUAGGUCUAUAAACCAGAAGGUUAUUCGCCAUGCCCCAUGUUCAGUAGGUAUCUUUGUGGACCGAGGACAAACUGGGUUCCAACAACCGCAUGGCUCACCAUCUGUGCAAAACAUAGCAACAUUGUUCUUCGGUGGCCCUGAUGAUCGUGAGGCUUUAGCAUGUAGCAAAAGAAUUUUGAUGCACAGUCAAAUUAGUUUGACAGUCAUCCGCUUCAUACCAACAACUUCAAGCAGACACAAUUCAUGGAUUAACGAUUCAUCCCACAAGGAUGAGGAGGUAAUCAUGGCAAUAUCAAAUAUUGGGACCGAAAACGAGAUAGACAAUGCCUUCGUGGAGACCUUUUAUAACAGGUACGUGGCACAUGACAAAGCUGGUUUCGUUGAGAAACAUGUGAGAGAUGGGCUGGAGACAGUAGCUGCUCUAAGAGAAAUUUCGGACAUGUAUUCAUUGUUCAUAGUAGGUAAGGGACGGCGAGGGAUUAGCCCCUUGACAACUGGAAUGAGCGACUGGGAGGAGUGUCCAGAACUUGGUUUGGUUGGGGAUCUGUUGGCAUCUUCAGAAAUGAACAUCAAUGGUUCCAUCUUAGUCAUCCAACGACAUCAGCACUCGGAGACAGAUAGAGGCCUCCUUGAUGUCUAGUUAAGUUUCUGGAAAUAUAGUAGGCAUAUGCAUACAUCAUAUAUGUAAAAUCAUUUGUAGGUUAGCUCCCCUUCUAAAGGUUCUGGUUUAGCUUAAAUGCAGAUGGUAGAGCUGCUAGUUAGGUCUAAAAACAAGUUCAAUUCCCUUCACAAAUGAUCAUCAAAGGCACUA